AUGACGUCCGCGACAAACUUCCUUCAAUCAGUGCUCAUCACCGGAUGCAGCGCAGGUGGAAUUGGCUCGGCAUUGGCUGAAACAUUCCAUGAGCGCGGGCUUCACGUCUUCGCGACGGCGCGCUCAAGGUCCAAGAUGGCUCAAUUGGAGAAAUUAUCAAAUGUCACUCUCCUCGAGCUUGAUGUGACCGACUCCAAGAGCAUUGAAGCUGCUGUAGAGGCUGUCACCGCGAAGACGGGCGGCAAGUUGAACCACUUGAUCAACAACUCGGGCCAGAGCAUUGUCAUGCCUGCUCUAGACACCCCCAUUGAAGAUGCAAAGAAGCUGUUCGAUGUCAAUCUGUGGGGCAUGGUUGCCGUCACACACGCCUUUUCGCCCUUGAUCCUCAAAACCAAAGGGACAAUAGUCAAUCUUGCUUCCCUGGCUGCCUUCUUUCGUAGCCCCUGGAUAAGUUUCUAUUCUGCCUCCAAGGCUGCCGUAGAGGCCUAUAGCCGUUCCAUCCAACUUGAAUUGGCCCCGUUCGGAGUCAGGGUCAUUACCUUGGUUGCCGGUACGGUGCAGACCAACAUCUUCAGAAAUUCUGGCGGAAGCCCACUGGCUCCGGACUCCAUGUACAAGGCGGCCACGAAAGAGAUCAAUAGUCUGGCAGGUGGGGACCUCGUACAAGGGGCUAUGCAACCUGCCGACUUUGCCAGGAAGGUUGUAGAUGAUGUUCUCGGGGGCGCGACCGGUACGGUCUGGCGAGGAACAUUUUCGACCUUGGGAAGAAUUAUGCUCGCCGUCAUCCCAGAAUGGGUCCUGGAUCGUAUCACGUUCACUCGCACGGGUCUCAGUAAAUUGCCCUGA